AGGAAGUCCAAGAAAAAGCUUCUCUCUUUGCUAUGAAAACAGACUUAUGUGGGGCAAUUUUCAGCAUUUUGGUGGCCUUUGUCCUUGUAGCCAAUGGAGAUCGAUAUGGACGCAAAAUAUCAUUGGUUCUUCCCCUGGUGGGGAGUCUUACCAGCAGCGUCUUCCUCUUUGUUAUGUCAGACUUGUCUUUGCCCCUCUACCUCUUCUUUGUUUUCUCCUUGAUUGGGGGGCUGUUUGGAGACUUGGCUACAUUUCUUGGAGGAGCCUUUUCCUUUAUAGUUGAUUGCUGUGAGACUCAGAAACAAAAGACCAUCCGAAUAGCUGUGGUUGACUUAAUCUUUGGAUUCACAUCUGGAUUUGCAGGAUUGGUCUCAGGAUACAUUCUAAAAGAAAUGGACUUUAUGUGGACAUUUGCCAUGAUUUCUCUAUUUCACAUAGUCAACAUUUUCUAUGUCAUAUUUUGCUUGGAUGAAACGGUGAAAGUCUCUGCAAUCCAGACACAAUCUUGGCGGGAAGGUCUUAAAAACACUCUUUCUGGAGUAUAUAUGUUCUUUAAAUCCUCCUCCUGUAAGAAGCGAAUUUUAAUCAUCUUGCUGCUGUGCACAUUCAUGACUUACCUUUUCACAGUAUUUGGAGCGCUUAGUCUCUAUGUGCUAUAUGAACUGAAUGCUCCCCUCUGUUGGAAUGCCAUUUACAUAGGGUACGGCUCAGCUGUGUCCACCUCAGUCUCUGUGACUGGAUUCUUAGGGAUUGUUUUCCUUUCUCAGUAUCUGAGAGAUAGCUACCUUGUUUUUAUUGGAAUCUUCUCUUAUAUCGGAGGAAGUAUCAUGGCCGCCUUUGCGAACACUACAUUGUUGAUGAUGUUGGGUAAGUUUCACUUGGUUAAGUUCAAAGAUGAUGGUAAACUUUUUUGAUAACAUAGAUCAAUCUUGGCCACUUUUAAGAUAUGUGGAUCUCAACUCCUAGAUUUCUCCAAGUUGGGGAAUUCUGUAAGCUGUUGUCAACAUAUCUCAAAGGUGCCCAGAUUGAGAAAUAUUGAUCUAAGUAAUUAGAAAUUUUUUGGUGCUUGUUCUUUUUUUUUUUACGUUAGUUAUGGCAUU